AUACUGGUACACGACGCAGUGCAUAUCGAUUAUGUAGAGGGUGAAUAUCACAUUACCAUUACCGUGUAUAAAGAACAGGAAGUCAAAAGUAAUCAGUCGUGAAUCAACUUAUUCACAUUGUAUUUUACAGUUUUAAUUAAAUUUAGGGUUUUACGUUCGUGUAAUUGAUCGUAUCAAAUUAAACACUCGAAACUUCUCUACAAAAAGUUAGAGAUCUCAAUAAAGAUUCGUAUAUAAACUUGAAGCACAGAUUUACUUCCAAGAUGUAUCAGCGAAAAAUGAAUCAAGGCUAUGGAAAUGAAUCCAAGAGAGGUCAUCAAAUGCAAGGGUCAUAUGGCUCACAUGACAUGCAAGGAAAUUAUCAAGGAUCACAAGGUUUGUCCAUGCAACAAAGCAAUUACAAACCGAACAUGUCAAAUCCACAAGGCAUGAAAUCGCAGCAACAAGGACAAAAACAGUCCGCACAUAUGCGACUACCAUCAAAUAUGCCAUUAAGUGGAAAAUCACAACAGCAAGUACAACAAUCGUCGCCUUCGCAACAGCAACACCAACAACAGCAACACCAACAGCAGCAACAUCAACAGCAGCAGCAUCAACAGCAACAUCAGCAGCAGCAACAUCAACAGCAGCAGCAACAUCAACAGCAGCAGCAGCAUCAACAACAACAGCCGCAUCAACAGCAACAUCAACAACAUCAACAACAAUCUCCAUCUCAACAAAAUUCAGGAGCUCCAUUGUUGCAACGAUUGAAGCCAAUCUUAAAAAAUAGUACAGCAAAUGUACAGCCUCCAACUGUUGCACAAAGUACUCCUGCUCCGCCUGCACCUACUCCGCCUACAUCCGCUCCAUCUUCUGCGCCUCCUCCUCCUCCUGCUGACAAUAUUGAUAAUCAAACAGAAAACAAAUCUGAAAAAAGAGAAGCCGAACAGCAGGAUGGCCAUCCUAGAUGGCGAAGGAAGAUACCAGGAUUUAAAGUGAACAAAAAAUUGAAGCGUCUUCGUAUGAAUCAACGUCUGAGGAAGACUUUGCAACCUAAGAAUGCAAUAAUGGUAUUGAACGAAAUGAAGGCUGGAGUUCAGUUUACAUAUCCUGAGACACAGAUGACAAAUUCUGGAGACAAAUUCUCACUCUAUGUUGUUCAUGCUGAGCUUGAUGGUAAAACAUAUGUUGGGCAAGGAUUGUCCAAACCACAAGCUCGUCAAAACGCGGCUGAAAACGCGUUAAAAGGUUUACUACUUGAGAAGAUGACUGUAGCAUCUAUGAAAGCACGUAUUGAUGCUGAAUCAGAUGGUCAAUCAGAUACGCGUAUGGAUUCUGAAUCUGAUGGACAAUUGGAAGAAAAAUCUAGUUCAUGUAAUAAUCCAGAAAUGAAAGAAGAAAAUAACGAUGACAAUAAUGCCAUGGAUACCACAAAUAACGCCGAAGAUGAAAUUCCAUGGAGUUCAUUAGCAAGUUUUGCACUUUACAAACUUUUCCUCGAAUGGCAUAAUCAAGGAACGUCAGUCCCAGUUCCACGACCUGGUUUACCAGCUGGAAAAGGAUUAAAGAGAGAUAAUUCUGUCUCAUCCAGACCUCAAGUUCAAAAAGAACUUCCACCUAAUCCUACGAGUAUACAUCCAGUUAUGUUACUGAAUCAAGUAAGACCUGGACUGACGUACGUUGAAGUCAGUCGUUCUGGUAAUCCACCAAAUACAAUGUUUACCCUCGCUGUUGAUGUUAACGGAACUGAAUAUUCAGGAACAGCUAAGAACAAAAAAGAUGCCAAAAAAAUUGCGGCUAAAGCAGCAUUGUCAGCUUUAUAUGGUUUAACUUAUCCUGAAGAUGCUAAAGAAGAAAUAAUGGACACUCAGUAGAUACAAAUAGAAGCAACUGCGAGGAACACUUUAUCAACAUUUUUUCAUCAAUUAUUGUUUAUUUUUGCUUUCUCGCACUACUUUAUCUUUGGAUUUUGUUGUUGUUGAAUGUAUAACACAAAUAAUUCCAUCUUAGUUAUCUUCUAAUCUUGUCGCUAAAUUCAAUUUAUUUUUUAAUUUUUUGACUUAUGCUAUAUUAAAUGCUAACUAAACACCAUAACAAUGAUUUAAUCGAAACAAUGACAUGCACAAGUGACAUAAUUAGAGAUGUAGCUUUACUAGAUAACAAGCGUAUAAUUAUAUAUAACAUAUGAUAAUUAUAUAUAUUAUAUAUAUACAGGGUGCCUGACAAUUACUUUAACAUCUCUC